AUGCAUUUCCUUGCUUUAGUCAUUGCAAGUCUAUCAUGUCUGGCCCGAGUGGACGCCCUGCCGCAUGGCGGGUCGCCCAAAGUGCAGCCAGUGGUCUUCCAAGGUACCGAGAUGAAGCAUUUGCUCGCGUUCGGCGACUCCUACACUUAUGUCCAGGGAACACAAGGCCGCUGGAACUACAGCUUCAUUUCCGACGCCUUUAACUAUUCUUACACCCCCGCGCAGCUCUUCUCGGACAAGAUAGUCAAAAACACCACGAGCUCCGGCGGCCCCAACUGGGUCGAGUAUUUGACUGGAUGCUAUGAGGGGUUGCCGGUGGAGUGUCCGGGGACGAAGCUGUGGGACUUUGCGUUUGCGGGUUCAGAUAUCAGCAUGGAGUACUUGCCGCUCCAUCACAACUACACCGUUCCUCUCGUCGAUCAAGUGAAGCAGUGGGAUCGUUAUGCUCGACAGCCUCUCAACUUGACGUCCAAAGACACGCUCGUUGCAUUCUGGAUAGGAAUCAACGACAUCAACGAUAGUGCGAAGUUUACAAAUGUCAGCUUUCCCGCUUGGUACGAUACGCUGGUCGGAGCGUACUUCCAGUCUGUGGAGCUCGUGUACCAAAGAGGCUACAAGAACUUCCUUUUCAUGCUCCUCCCACCGCUUGAGAAAACGUCGUCCAACCUAGCCAGCUCGAAUCCGCAGCCCAACACCACGCAGGUAGCGCAAUUCAACGCAGCCAUACGCUUCCAUGCCUCCGCGUUCCAAAAGCAGCACUCAGACGCCAAUGCCCUGGUCUUUGAUACCUACACCGUCCUGAACGGCGUCCUCGAAAAUGCAACCGCGUACGGGAUCACCAACACCACGAGCUACUGCCGCGCCUACGACCAGCCAGACAUCCUCUGGAACCACGCCGCGUACGGCUGCCAGCCCAUCGCGCAGUAUUUCUGGCUCAACUCAGGCCACAUCACCUUUACAGCACACGCCGCCCUCGCGGCCGCGCUCCGCCGGGAGCUGGCCGCCGCCGCCGCCGCCGUUGCUGUCGCAUGA